CUAUCAUUCACAGUGACCACCCACCUCUGAUGCGUCACCACCUCCACCAACAACCACCUCCCGGCACCAUCAUUUGGCCUCCCACAACCAACACAGCGCACACCAACCACACCAGCCCUGACAAAACGACGUUGUGACGCCACGUCACCCGCCACAACCACCAGCCAAGAUUUUCGCAGCCUUCUCCCUUUUCCUCUCGCAUCAUCAGCACUCAUUCGACAUUUCAAUUAUUUGAGGAAAGCGUGCCUGGCGAUGGCCCAUGGUGCUCUAUUAUGUUCUUCGCAUCUGCAUGCUGCUACACAGUUUCUCCGUUGCUGUCAACUUGAGCGCUAUCAGCGAAAUUCCGUGCCAGCAGGUUGUAUGAAUCUCGAAGAGUACGUCAACACCACUUGCCGCCUGCCCAAUGCCGCCACGCCGCGCACUAGCCACAGCAACCAAGCAAGCACCAGCCACACGUCAACAAUACCUUCCAGAUGCGCCAUGAAGUCCGCAGCAGCAACGACAACGAGAAACAUUGAUGGAGGAACGAGUGCCGCCAAAGCCAAUCGCCGUUGCCCACACCAACCAUUUCCACGUCACCCCGCCGUGCAUGCCGUUUUGACGGCAUAUGUACUAGUAUGCGCUCGCAGGAGUAGGAGGGGGGUUCGAGAAGGGGAUAUACAGAGUUUGUGGAAGGGACCCAGUGGGGGGAGGGCUGCGUUCCUCCCGGUGUCGCCGGUGUGGAUGGCAAAGGAUCGUUCAAUACAAGUUCAAUACUGUACAUAUUAUUGUACUCUCAUAAUAUAAUAUUG